AUGAAUAGGAAAUUUGUAACUAUUAUUGCUAUCAUAACAGUUUCUGUUUUAUUUCUAAUAUUGUUAAUAAGUUCUGGAGGAGAUGCAGGAAGGAUACAUAUACCACAAGACAAUGGAACUCACACCGGAUUACCUGUUUGGCAUCCUCCUAUGGAAGGAUACGACUACCAAAAAGUACAAGCAACGGUUAUUUUCUCGGCGAUAAUGAUGACCAUUGGAGCGCACCUUUCAUUUAAAUGGACAAGCAAAGUUUCCAAAGAGUUUAUAACAUAUUUCGUUGAUGGGGAAGCAAACAGAACUCCUACUAUUGAAUUUGAUCGUUUAUUAGGAUGGUAUUCAGCAAUUACAUCCAUAACGGGAAUCGUAAAUUUUAUGGUUGAUGUUGGUAAACUUUGGGUUACGGUUGGAGUAUUACAUAAUGCCGUCGAAGUUACUAUUUUAUAUACUUUGCAUCAAGGAGGAAAGAUUAAGUCUACAACAAUUCCAGCUUGGAUACUUUCAUAUAUUAUGCUUGCUGCGAGCUUAAGUUUCUUUUUAGAUUGGCCUUUUGAUGCACUUUGGUUUAAAAUGCAAGGACUUGUUAUUGAUUACAUAUUAUUCAUUCAGUUUACACGUAUGUACUUUGAUACGCAUAAAGGGUUCGGUGACGAAACUCAACGACUUGUUGAUGUAGAAAGUACGAGCCGUGACCACUCAAGUGUAGAAAGUGAUAUUAAUGAUAAACCCGUUGGAUAUUUCCGUCCUCGUUAUAUUUUACUAUUAGUGUUUGCUUCUUUCUUUCAUAUUUUUGGAAAUGUUUAUGUUACAAUUUUGUUGUAUAGCUCUCACGCAUAUCUUCUAUUUGUCUUUUCUUAUUGUAUCACAUUCCCCCUCUACACUUAUUUUGUUUAUUUAGAUACUCAUACAGUAUCUAUUUCUCCUGCUCAAAAACAUAUUGUAUUACCUGAUUCGAGUAAAUUAAGUGUUAUUUUUGUAAUUUUACUCGCUCUUUUCCUUUCUGCUUUAACUGGAAAAAUAAGUGUAAUUUAUCAAGGUUUUCAUUAG